AGCAGCUACACUGAACAAAAAUCCAGUUAAUGUGUUAUUCAAGCUGUUAUAUUCAGCUGGCGAACUGGAUGACUAUUGCUCAUCUCUAAAUACACCGGUUUAUUCAGAAUUUGUUAAAACAGCUUGGAUUAUUUUUGAAAAGCUUGGGCUAUUUCUUACAACAACAAUGGGAUUGCUGAUGCGUUUGUGUCGACGCAGCUAUGCGACAAAGAUCACGGAUCACCAGGCAGCGGUGAUGGCGCGUAGCCUGCCCAAGCGCCAAGCGCUGCCAGGCGUGAAGAACAUAAUUGUGGUUGCAUCUGGCAAGGGUGGCGUUGGCAAAAGCACUGUGGCAGCUAAUUUCGCCUGCAGUUUGGCCAAGUUGGGGGCACGCGUCGGCUUGCUGGAUGGCGACAUAUUUGGUCCAAGCAUACCACUGCUAAUGAACCUGCACAGUGAGCCGCGGGUGAAUGACAAGAAUCUAAUGUUGCCGCCACAGAAUUAUAAUGUCAAGUGCCUGUCCAUGGGCAUGCUGACGCCGCCCGAUGGCGCCAUCAUUUGGCGCGGUCCGCUCGUCAUGUCAGCUAUACAGCGUUUGCUUAAGGGCGCCGAUUGGAGUCCUUUGGAUGUGCUGGUCAUUGAUACGCCGCCAGGCACUGGAGAUGUACAUCUAUCGCUAACUCAGCAUGCACCCAUUACGGGCGUCAUAUUGGUCAGCACACCGCACAAGGCCGCCGUGGAUGUGACUAUUCGUGGCGCCGAAAUGUACCACAAACUGAAAGUGCCCAUCUUUGGUCUGGUCGAGAAUAUGCGUUACUCUAUCUGUGACAAUUGCCAACAUCGCCUCGAGUUCUUCAAGCAACAAACUGAGAUUACCCACGACAAGCUGCCCAAGACGCUCAUCUCAUUGCCCCUUGACGCACACAUCGCCGAGUGCGGCGAGUCCGGUGUUCCCAUUGUGAUUAAACAUUCAGAUUCUGAGCAUGCAAAGCUAUUUAACCAACUAGCUGGCCACAUUUGGGGUCUACUACAAAACGGGGAGCCUAACGAGGCUAAAAUAAAAUGAUUUUAAUGUCUUAAUAUUAAUA